CAGUAUUGCCUGAGCGCGAUCAGUGUGCGGGACUGAGUGAGAGGGAGUAUGUGUCUCGUCUGUAACGGUGUGCUUGUGUGAGUGUUGGCACCCGUGAAUGUGCGCCUUUGCAAUCAGGCACACUGCCAGUGACUCUUCUGAUAACCACCGCUAAAAUAGACUGUUGUAAGUGCAAAGAGCUGCAUUUGACCCUCCAAGCUGCAGUGCCACGGCCUGGCUUCCACACCUGGCCUCCUAAGGCCUGGGUGUGUGACCUCACCUGAGUUGACCUUGCCUGACGAGGACAUGGCCAACCAACAGUUUUGCUUGCGAUGGAAUAAUUAUCAGACGAACUUGACGCAGGUGUUUGAUCAAUUGUUCCAAUCUGAAAGUUUCGUAGACGUCACGUUAGCAUGUGAGGGCCACAGCGUGAAGGCCCACCGCAUGGUCCUGUCGGCAUGUUCGCCUUAUUUCCAAGAACUGCUCUCCGACGCCCCCUGCUCCCACCCCGUGAUCAUCCUGCAGGGGGUCAAGUGGACCGAACUGAAGGCCGUAGUGGAGUUUAUGUACAAGGGCGAAAUCAACAUCAGUCAAGAUGACUUGGGUUCGUUGUUACGUGUGGCCGAGUACCUCAAGAUCCGAGGUCUGGCCGAAGUGGAUGGUGACCCCGCAGAAACGGCUGUCUUGACCUCUCCUUCCAUAUCUCCUGCCGCCCGCGCCCUGGCCAAUGUCCUCAACGACGAGAGCCCCGUCUCCUCAGUCCUCGCCGCUGCUCGCAAACGCCGCCGCCUUUCAGGAGGCGAGGAACACCAUACAAGCCGCCCAUCCUCGCCCCUGACGCCCACCAGCGCCCCCGAACUUUUCGAACACAUGGGGCUGGAUUUGCCAGGUUUACCUACACAUCACAUUCGUGGCGGUGGUAGCGCGCCCUUGCCCGGGUCACCGGCGCCCUUCGGGAAUCUGCCCUCACCCCACCUGCAGGGGCCAAUGCCACCCCCACAGAUGCCCCCGCACCUGCCCCACCUACCGCAUCUGCCGCCCUUGUCGCCGCUGCUUAACAUGCACUCUCUGCCCCGUCCCCAUGUCCAUGACGACUUCGAAAUUCGACCCGGCAUCGCCGAAAUGAUCCGAGAGGAAGAAAGGAGCAACCAGUUUAAUAAUUUUCACUCUGCGAUUUCAUCAUUCAAUGGAAUCUUUAAGAGACGCCGAGAUGCGCCCGACAUGGCAAAACUCCUGGAGUCGUCGCACCACUGGAUGGGAACUUCUAUGGCUGAAAAAUGGCUGAUUCAAGAUUCGUACCAGGCCCAAGUGCAAGCAGCCUGGCAGAAGAGUUGGAACCAGACGCAGUCGCUGUUGCAGAACUUGAGGUUUCGAGAACGAGGGCCACUGAAGUCAUGGCGGCCUGAGACUAUGGCCGAGGCUAUUCAUGCAGUCCUCAAGGAGGGACUCUCACUGUCACAGGCUGCUAGGAAAUACGACAUCCCCUACCCGACUUUUGUCCUGUACGCCAACCGCGUGCACAACCUCCUGGGUCCCUCGCAGGAACCGGGCGAUCUGAGACCCAAAGGCCGCGGGAGGCCACAGAGGAUCCUCUUAGGAUCAUGGCCAGAGGAACAAAUCAAAGGAGUCAUUCGCGCCGUCGUCUUCAGGGACACCUCUGUGUUCAAGGACGAGCAUAAGGUGGGCGCCAAACCGAAGGAGAACAAACAUCCACCGACUCCCAAGUUGCACCGGGAUGAUCCAGCUGGUCAGCUGAGACCCAAUGGCCCUGCAAUGCCUGGCACCCCUGGAAUUUUGCCUCUUCUUCCUCCAGGCACUCCUGACAAUGGCAGCUUCUCCACAGCUCCGAGUACCCCUGCACCCACUACCCCAGCACCAAACACCCCUGCCCCAAGUACCCCAGCUUCCAGUACUCCUGCUCCCAAUACUCCUGCGCCUAAUACACCUGUCCCUAGUAUCCAAGGACCAGGGACAUCUGCACCUACUACCCCUAUCCCAAAUACCUCAGGACCAAAUACUCCAACAUCAUCUGCACCUGUGGCUGCUCCCUUGACUCCAUCAGCACCAACUCCUAACCCAUCUACUCCAGCUCCUUCAACUACACCCGCACCAUCUACUCCUCUUCCUAUACCUUCUACAUCACCGACCGGAUUGACGCCAGUAUCUCAGCCAUUGACCACCCCACCGACCCCAGGAACUACAGCAACUCCAGGAAAUACAGCAGCAUCAAAUUCUGGCAGUCAAGUAGCCAGUCCGGCUUCAAAUGAUUCUCGCAAUGGAAAUAACUCUGCAGUGAGCUGUGCUUCUCCAUCAUCAAGCAGCGCUAAUGGUGCUGCCAGCCUUCAGACUCCAACAUUAGUAUCAAGCUCUAAGUCAUCACCGGUUUUUAAUACUGCUAAUACAUCUGCUAAUAACAGUAAUGUGAACUAUUCUAACAAUGGGGCUAUGUCUGCAGAAAGUCCCAAACAGCAGAUGUCAGCAUCACAGCAGCAGGCACAACAGCAGCAACAGCAGCAGCAGCAACAACAACAACAACAACAGCAGCAGAUGCAAAAGCAGCAAGAACUUCAGCAGCAACAGCAACGUCAACAACAACAGCAGCAACAGCAGCAGCAGCAGCAGCAGCAGCAGCAGCAACAACAACAACAGCAACAACAGCAACAGCAACAACAAUAUGCACUUCAACAACAAAUGCAGUAUCAGCAGCAGCAGGCCAAAGUCCAGCAGUUACAGCCACCUGCUCAGCGGCUGCCUCAAGCACCUCAUCUACAAAUGCAGCAACAGCUACAGCAGCUUCAACAACCUCUUCAUCCACAGCGCCAUCAGUUGCCACAUCAUCAGCAGUCACUCCCACAGCAGAAGCAGAUUCCUCCUCGAGUGCCACUGCAGAGUCAGCAGCAGCCACAGCGUCAUUCUCAGGCUCCUCAGAAUCAUCACCGUCAAGCACAGUCCAAUCAGAUUGGAGGGUUACUGCCCACAGGAUUGCCCCCAUCAUUAGCUACUUCUUUAAAUUCCCCUGUUCAUCUAGCUCGAUUAUUUGGUGACACAAGUGUCCCACAUCCUUUUUCUGGUCACCAGUCUCAGCAUCCUCAGGCCCCAAUUAGUCCUUUCCACCCUGGGUUUCCCAGGCAUCCUCACCCUUCAGCAGCCAUGCAAGUGUUAAGUGCUAUGAACAGCUUAAGCCCUCACGGAUCUCGAAUGAAUUCUGAAGAACCAGAGCCGUCUCCCGAAGCCAUUUUAUUUAGUAAAAUAACAAAUCCGCUCGGUAAUCAAGGCCACAGCAGUGGUGAGACUAAUGCAAGGCCAAGUCCAGCACAUAAUCAAUUUGAAAACCACGGAGACUCCUCCUCGAGUCUCUCAGGAUUAGUUGAGCGUGCAUCAAUGAUAUAUCGCGACGGUCUUGAUGCUAUCAAGUCUGAACCAGAACCUAUUUUAAAUUAGGUUGAAUUUUCAUUGGUCCCAGAAAGCAGGUUAAUGAGAUAUGCUGACAGACUAUACGCAGAUCUGAUUCUGUGAGUUUAAACAUUUCCCAAGUUAACUGUUGUGUGACGUGAACCUUGCGAGUGUUACAGUAUACUUAUGAAUAUAUUUAUACUGUAUGUAAUAUUAUGUAUAGGGACCAUACUCUUUAUGGAACAUUUUGCACUUUUUUUUCUAAACUUGUACAUAACUUAUAUUAGAAAUGUAGCUUUGCAUCACCUUUUGUCCAUUUCUUUUGGGCAUUACCUCAAAGUGAAACUCACUCAUCUGCAAUGUCACUGUACAAACUGGACAUGCCAAUAUUCCCUUUGUGUAAAUAGUUAUUGUGAUGUGUAUGUACCUCAUUGUGUCACCCAAGCACCCUUCAGUCACAACCUGAAGAAAGGAAUUGUAUACCUUCCACAAAAGGUAUUAUUAUUGCUUUACUUGUUAGUUCAUAGAUAAGGUAUAAAAAAAAGUAGACCACGGUAUAGCACUUGGUGAAAUAGUAUUCAUUUAUUUUGUGAAACCGAAAAUAUCUUUGCCUUACCCUUAAAAUGUACAGAAAUGGCAAAGUAGGCUAGGCCCCCUACAUAAUCCCAGUGUUGAGUCACUUCUGUAUCCCAAGACUUUACCUUCUUGUAUAUCAUUGCAUGUGAAGGUGUACGGUAUUCUUACCAGGAAGGAGAUGCAGUACUACUGAUAUGAUUUCAUGUCUAGAUAGUGAGAAACAAAGUGGGUUUUAUACCAAAUGCUGUAAGGAUUUUCGAAUCUUGUGGUAGCAAGUGUGUUGUAUUAUCUAAUGUAGUACAUUUCAUUAGCGGUAUUAAAUCACAGUACUCUGAUUUAAGCAUGAAGGGUAAUUUAUAUUUCAUUGUUAUUGAUACUUGUUGAUUAUGUAGGUGAAGUCCUGUAUUUAGUUUCUAAUUACUGAUCUAAGAUUUGUUGUUCUUAAUUUCCAAUUGACUUAUAAUUAUAUACAAUUAUAUAACCAAAGUAUACAUGAUAGGCUAAGGAUAUUUUAAUACUUAAAGAAUUAAGAUGUGCCCAUACAAUUAAGAAAGUGAAAUGUUGCACCAGUCAGUGUUCCUUGCUACUCUGCUUCGCCCUCUGUUAGUAUCAUGUACCAAGGACUGCCAAGUGAUGGAACUAAUUGGAGAGUAGAGAGAUCCGUGUUUCAACACUGAAUGACUGAAUCUUAGAGUAGAUGUUACCAGUAUAUUAUGAAUUAAAAUAAAAAAAAUGAAUAAAUAUAGCAGCAGAGAGUCUGGCUCGGAAACACGUUUUGGUGUUUUUCCUCCUCUUUUCAUUCUCUCUGCUUAUUUUUAUACUUCUGUGAACAUUUUUUUAUUUAGGAAUUUUUUUUUCCUACCGUUACGGUUCCCGAGAACUCCGGGAGACAUCUCUGUACUUCUUGAUUCCUGAAACUAUUACAUUCCCGUUCAGAUUUUCUGCUGCAUGUAUACCAAUAUCUUAAUCUAGGUUUUAUGUUUCAUUAUAGAGCACUAAAUAUGCAUUUCUGUAAGUAUGAUAACUUUAUGCUGUUAUUUAUGUUAGUGAUAUCCCAUAAUCCUCCCACAACCCUCAGGCUGCUAUUGGAAUUUUUUUUAUUUUUUUUUAAUAUCAAUAAUUUGCAUAGUACAGUUAGCAAAAAUUCCAUAUAAGGUUCGAUAGAGUAUAAUUAUGAUUACAGACUUUUAACUAGGUCUCACAUGUGUAGGACUUAGUCUUUUAACAUUUUUGGAAUUGUCCCACACAAAAGGAAACACUGAUUUUCAUUAUAAAAAAAAAUGAUGUAGGAAAUGAAAGACGAUAAUAGUAGUCUGACUAGAUAAUCAGAAUAAUAAAGAUAAUAGUUGGCCAUUUGUAUAUAUAACACUUCAGUGAAAUUUUUUUGGCCAUGUGACAGGGAAGGCCACACGGCCACCGUCACCCGUGGAUGACAAUGUGUGUGUGUGUGUGUGUACGUAUGAUUGUAUGUGCAUGUAUAGUAGCUUGACUGUGGUGCCUCAGAGUAUAUCACUGCUGGGCACUGUAACUUGUCAUCCAGCUCCAUGUAUUACUGCUGUAUGCAUGUCUUGUUGGUAUUUGUAUUGUGGUUGGUAAAUAUAGCUUGUCAGAUCACAAAUCUGCUUCAGAAAAUGUAAUACUGUAAUUAAAAAAAGAUAUAUAUCUUUAAAUCAUCCCCUCAAAAUCUCUCAACCCCCCAAAAAAAAUUCAAUUUAAAAGUGGUUCUUGCCUGUAUUUGUGAAAUCCAUGUAGACAAGAUAGACCAACUGGUAGGUUAUAUUUUGGCCCCUGUGCCAUAGGGAGGGAAGCGCCUGUAGAUGCUCUAAAUAAAUAAAUGCUAUCUCAAUUAAAAA